AUGGCGCAGCCGCUGCGGUGGGCCAGAUAUCGUUGGCACCGCCUGAUAUCCUCAAAAGGCAGAGAGGAUGGCAAUACCAGAAGAGACGCUUCCUCUCCCGGAGGCAACAGGCUCCGCCAGCCGUCCAAGACAGCCAGCAAGCACCGAAUAGUUAUACCGUGCCUGGGACAUUUUAAAGACGAAUACGAAAAAGUGUCAAAGCACUAUAGGAACAACCGAUUACGAACUACCAAGUACACGUUGUGGAAUUUUAUACCAAGGAACUUGUUUGAACAGUUUCACAGAAUUGCCAAUUUAUAUUUCCUAUUUAUAGUUGUGCUAAACUGGAUUCCAGUGGUUGAAGCCUUUCAGAAAGAAAUCACAAUGAUACCUCUCCUGGUGGUUCUCACCAUUAUUGCAGUGAAAGACGGUCUGGAGGAUUACGCAAAGUACAAGUUAGACAAAAAGCUAAACAACUUAUUAACGCAAGUCUACUGCAGACAUGAACGUGCAUACGUAGACAAAUUCUGGAAAGAUGUUACUGUCGGAGAUUUUAUCCGAUUGUCAUGUAAUGAGGAAAUCCCUGCUGACAUGGUGUUGUUAUAUUCCACUGAUGCAGAUGGAAUCUGUUACAUUGAAACUUCCAGCCUUGAUGGAGAGACCAAUUUAAAACAGAGGCAGGUGGUGAGAGGAUUUGAAGAACAGUCUGAGGUUGAUCCGGAACAAUUCUCGAGUAAAAUAGAAUGUGAGAGCCCUAACAAUGACCUCAACAGCUUCCGGGGCUUUGUCGAGCAUUCGAAUCAGGAGCGCGUGGGCCUGAGUAAGGAGAACUUACUCCUACGAGGAUGCACUAUCAGGAACACAGAAGCCGUUGUUGGCAUUGUGGUAUAUGCAGGUCAUGAAACCAAAGCGAUGCUGAACAACACGGGGCCUCGUCACAAGCGAAGCAAACUCGAGAAGAGGGUGAAUAGUCAUAUCUUGUGGUGUGUCCUUCUUCUGCUAGUGAUGUGUUCUGUAGGGGCUGUGGGUAAAGGGACUUGGCUGAAUAGGUAUCCAGAGCCCCCUCUGUAUGGUAUCACGGACUCUACUGGAAACCAGGUUGUCACUCCAGCAUUAGGAGCAUUCUAUUUGUUUUGGAGGAUGAUAAUUUUAUUACAGGUCUUGAUUCCGGUUUCUCUUUACGUUUCCAUUGAAUUAGUGAAACUGGGGCAAAUUUAUUUAAUCCAGAAUGACAUAGAUUUUUACCACGAAAAAACAAACACUACAAUCCAGUGUGGAGCGCUGAACAUUGCUGAAGACCUUGGGCAGAUCGAGUAUAUUUUCUCAGAUAAGACCGGAACGCUCACGGAGAACAAAAUGGUUUUUCGGAGAUGCACCAUAGCAGGGCUGGAAUACGGACACGAGGACAAUGCUAGGAGGCUAGAGUUGUAUCAAGAUGCUGACUCAGAAGACGAGGACAUGGCCUUUUCCUCGCAUACUUUGAGGCACGUGUCAAGAGUGAAGAUGUCUCACUUGAACGCGUUUCUGAGCAGCAAGUCUUUGCACCGGUCAGCCGCGAGCAGCUUUGCCCUGGGAUCGCGCCACAUGAGGCAGCUGGCCUUCAGCAGCCCCAUUGAGACUGAUGUCGUCCCAGACAGACAGCUUAUGCAGAAAUUUAGUCGAAUCUCUUCCCACGUCUACGCACACUUCGGGAUGGAACAUAUGACCUCAGAGACACUGCACAUCGCUGAAUUUUUCAUUGCUCUGGCAAUUUGCAACACCGUCAUCGUUUCAACACCUAGUCAACCGAGUCAAAAGAGGCUUUGGCCUUCCCUAGCUAAACUACCUGUCGUACCCCUGGAUGAAUUUAGGAAGAUCUUAGACAAGUUCUCCGUCCGGAAACUGAGCUCCCCACCUGUACUAAGUACAAGGCUGACGCCGUCUGAUAGCCCCAAGAAUAUUGCAGAAAAGGUGGAUAUUGUCAGACCAAAGGUUCAGUUCCCUUCAGAUAUUAUGCCGUCGCCUGCUGACUCAUUAAGCCCUGAUCUAUCAACGCAAAGAGACGGCAUAAAGCUAAGUUCUUCCUGCCAUCCUGGAUUUCUACCUGAGCCAUCUUCUGAAUCUCAGCUGUGCUACGAGGCAGAGAGUCCUGAUGAAGCAGCCCUGGUUCAUGCUGCCAGGGCGUACUUGUGCAUUUUAGAGUCUAGGAGUCCUGAUCAGGUUACGAUAGACUUCGAGCCUUUAGGAACUUUAACUUUCCAGUUGCUGCACAUCCUGCCUUUUGACGCCAACCGGAAACGGAUGUCUGUAGUGGUUAGGCACCCGAUCUUGAAACAAGUUGUGGUGUACACGAAAGGGGCGGACUCCGCCAUAAUGAAUUUGCUGCAGUCGGAACCCACAGGUAUGGAUAUAGAUGCGCGAAAUCAGAAAAUUAAGGAAAGAACUCAGAGACACUUAGAUGAAUAUGCCAGAAAAGGACUGCGCACUCUCUGUAUAGCUUCAAAGGUAAUGAGCGACUUUGAGUACGAGGAAUGGUUAAAGGAGCAUUUUAUAGCUGAGAGUGAUAUAGAUAGCAGGGAAGAACUGCUCCUUGAGUCUGCCUUGAGGCUUGAGAACAAUUUAACUUUGCUUGGGGCCACUGGUAUUGAAGAUCGCUUGCAAGAGGGUGUUCCAGAUACUAUAGCCUCACUCAGAAGAGCUGGGAUUACCAUCUGGAUGCUGACGGGUGAUAAACAUGAGACUGCUGUCAACAUAGCCCAUGCCUGUAGACUGCUGGAACCAGAUGACGAGCUCUUCACUCUCAAGUCUACUAGUCAGGUGAAAAUGAUCGUGCAGCUGUCUCUUUUCUUCUGUCAAUUCCAGGGCACUGCUGCAGCGCAGUCCUCUUAUUUAAGUAUUUCUAUCCCACGUUUCUCUCCAAAGGAGCCCAGAGUCAGCGCCGGCCUGAUUAUAGAUGGGCCCACCUUAGCCUUCGCUUUGCACGAGACCGUGCAGAGCAGGUUCCUGCAGCUCACAGCACGGGUGCGGGCUGUCAUCUGCUGCAGAGCAACGCCCCUGCAGAAGAGCCAGUUGGUGAAGCUGGUGAGGAAGGAGCUCAAGGUGAUGACCCUGGCUGUAGGUGAUGGUGCCAAUGACGUCAGCAUGAUCCAAGUUGCUGAUGUGGGAAUUGGAAUCUCUGGCCAAGAAGGCAUGCAGGCAGUGAUGGCCAGUGAUUUUGCAAUUUCUCAGUUCAAACACCUCAACAAACUGCUGCUUGUUCACGGUCACUGGUGUUACACUCGGCUGGCCAACAUGGUCCUUUAUUUUUUCUACAAGAAUCUGGCAUACGUAGCCGUCCUGUUCUGGUAUCAGUUCUUCAAUGGAUUUUCAGGAAUAGCCAUGACUGACCACUGGAGUCUGAUUUUUUUCAACCUUCUCUUCACAUCAGUGCCACCCAUCAUGUACGGUGUUUUGGACAAAGAUGUAUCUGCAGAAGUCCUUCUCCACCUGCCGGAACUCUACAAGACCAGUCAGAGAUCCGAGCCCUAUGUAUCUUCGGCCUUCUUGAUAAACCUGAUAGAUGCCUUUUACCAAAGCCUGUCUUGUUUUUUCAUCACUUACAAAACUUACGCUGGUUCUGAUAUAGACAUCUUUUCCUUUGGGGGACCUCUAAACACCUCUAUCUUCGUCAUAAUAUUACUACACCUUGUGAUUGAAAGUAAAUCCUUGAAUUGGAUACACAUGACUGUUCUGGUUGGAAGCGUCGUACUGUAUUUCUUCUUUGGUGUGGUCUUCGGGGCGUCCUGCAUCCUCUGCAACCCACCAGCCAAUCCGUACUGGAUCAUGCAGAGGAACCUGCGUGAUCCAAAGUUUUAUUUGGUUUGCAUCAUGUCGACACUUGUGGCUCUUUUCCCCAGGUAUAUAUUCAGGGUGAUGCAAAGUACUGUCUUUCCAACUCCACUGAUGAAAGCCAAACGACUAGAAGGUCGGAUCCCUGUGCCGCGGAAAAGUCAUCUGCACGGUGGAAGGAUAGCCCCACUGUGA